CCAGAGUGGGUAGUCGAAGCUCGUGUCGCUGUCAGUGCGCGGAGUCACACGGUUUUGCCGGUAACGUCCUGACGCUCAUGGUUUGGAGCGUUCAGUGAAUUUGAUGAAGACCACCUGUAUGCUCAUCCCACGGACUGAAAGCAACGAUCCUGAUGUGAAGGAGGCGCAGAUCCAGAACGAAACUACUUUCUUGACAGCUCUUGAUAUCACCCGUUUCAAGUGUCACCGAAAAACUGUCAGAAGACUUGCGCCAUGCCCUGCAUUCAGGCUCAGUAUGGAUCAUCACCUCAAGGAGCCAGUCCUGCAUCCCAGAGUUACAGCUGUCACACCGCGGGAGAAUACAGCUGCGACUUCUUAACACCUGAGUUUGUUAAGUUUAGCAUGGACUUAACCAACACCGAGAUCACAGCAACGACGUCUCUGCCGAGUUUCAGUACGUUCAUGGACAACUAUACCACAAGCUACGACGUUAAACCGCCCUGUCUGUAUCAAAUGCCACAUUCUGGAGAACAGUCCUCCAUCAAGGUGGAGGAAGUCCAGAUGCACAGCUACCAUCAGCAGAGCCACCUGCCGCACCAGUCGGAAGAAAUGAUGGCUCACUCCGGGCCUAUGUACUUCAAACCAUCCUCGCCUCACGCCCCGAGUACACCAAACUUCCAAGUCCAGCCUAAUAACAUGUGGGAGGAUCCUGGCUCUCUGCACAGUUUCCAUCAGAACUAUGUUGCGUCUCAUAUGAUGGACCAGCGCAAGAACCCGGUGUCGAGGCUUUCGCUCUUCUCCUUCAAGCAGUCCCCUCCUGGCACUCCAGUUUCCAGCUGUCAGAUGCGCUUCGACGGCCCGCUGCACGUCUCCAUGAAUCACGACAACCCGGCUGCGCACCGCGGCCUGGACAGCCAGAACUUCGCGCUGCCCAGCGCCAUCAGGAAACAGGCUGGCCUGGCUUUCCCUCACUCCCUUCAGCUCGGCCACGGGCACCAGCUGGUGGACAGCCAAGUGCCAUCGCCCCCGUCCCGAGGAUCUCCGUCAAACGAGGGUCUGUGCGCAGUAUGUGGGGACAACGCAGCCUGCCAGCAUUAUGGAGUGAGAACCUGCGAGGGUUGCAAAGGAUUUUUCAAGCGCACCGUGCAGAAAAACGCAAAGUAUGUGUGUUUAGCGAACAAAAACUGUCCUGUUGACAAACGCCGAAGAAACCGUUGCCAGUUCUGUCGCUUCCAGAAGUGCCUUGUCGUCGGAAUGGUGAGAGAAGUUGUCCGGACGGAUAAUCUGAAAGGUCGAAGAGGACGUUUACCAUCUAAACCCAAAAGCCCCCAGGAGCCCUCCCCACCCUCACCGCCGGUCAGCCUCAUAAGCGCGCUGGUUCGGGCCCAUGUGGACUCCAACCCCUCCAUGUCCGCUUUGGACUACUCCAGAUUCCAGGCGAACCCUGACUACCAAUUGACUGGAGACAACACGCAACACAUCCAGCAGUUCUAUGAUCUCCUGACGGGCUCCAUGGAGAUCAUCCGGGGAUGGGCGGAGAAGAUUCCAGGCUUUUCUGAUUUACCGAAGCAAGACCAAGAGCUGCUCUUCGAGUCAGCAUUCCUAGAGCUUUUUGUCCUGCGCUUGGCUUACAGGUCCAACCCUGUGGAAGGCAAACUUAUUUUUUGUAACGGAGUCGUGUUGCACAGGCUACAGUGCGUCCGUGGAUUUGGCGAGUGGGUGGACGCCAUCGUGGAGUUUUCUUCCAACUUGCACAGCAUGAACAUCGACAUCUCCGCGUUCAGCUGCAUAGCGGCGCUGGCCAUGGUAACAGAGCGACACGGCCUGAAGGAGCCGAAGCGAGUGGAGGAUCUCCAAAACAAGAUUGUCAACUGCCUCAAAGAUCAAGUGACAUUCAAUGGCGGCGGACUGAAUCGUCCCAACUACUUGUCAAAACUGUUGGGAAAGCUCCCAGAACUGCGCACACUGUGUACCCAAGGUCUGCAGCGUAUCUUUUACUUAAAACUCGAAGAUUUAGUCCCUCCACCAGCAAUAAUCGACAAGCUUUUCCUCGACACCCUACCUUUCUGAGUGACACCUCAAAGAACUUUUUAAAAAAGAGAGAGACUUUAUGAGUCACACUUUUGACAUUAUUUCUGCAAAUCCUGUAUCCUAUUAUUAUUAUUAGCAGAAAAAAAAAGAUAAAAAUAGUUUUGAGUGCCAAAUGAAUCCAAAUGAAUCUGAUUGGCUCCACUGAUUCAGCACUGUAAUAUAUUCCAUUUAUAAAUAAACACACAAAACGCUGUAUAUUAUAAUAGAUUACGCGAUGCUUCCAUUGCAUCAAUUUAUAACACGUGUAUAAAGUUUGUUAUAAUGAUUUUUUUUUUGACUCGUGCCUAUAUGUGUUUCUCACAGGAUCCCAGAAAAGACAACGCAUGUUGUAGUUUCUUUUUUAUAGGCACUUGCUGAGGUGAUGUCUAUAUAUAAUAUAUUACCGGACACUAUGUAGUCUGCUAGAUUUGAUACAGAUUCGUAGUAAUGGCACUCCUUUUCUGUAUGACGCAUAUGUGGAAAAAUGUCACCUGUACAGGAAGUGAAGGACCCAUGGUGUUUGUACAACUUGUCACACAUUCCUUGUUUGUAUGUGCUGUAAGUAAUUGUUGCUGUUGAAUAUAAACGUUUCUAUAUAUUUAUUAUUUCUAUUGCCAAGAGCUACACUAAGCAUGGUGCAAUUU